AUGUCUCGUGUAGUUGCUAUGCUUUGUGGAGAUACUGAAGUCAGUGCAGUAACUUCGAAGCCUGGAUACUUGACAGCUGUUUGGAAAUUUGAUGAAGUGACAACCUUUGUUCGUGAUGAUACGACUAAAGAAAGUUGUGAUAAUACUAGCCAUUACAUCUCAUUAGCAAGUUUAAGUACAGUGGAUAAAACCCCCCCAAUACGUGCCGCUUCAGUUUCAGCAAUUGUUUGCUUGUAUGUCAGUUGCAUUUUCUUGGACCUUCUCGUACUUGAUGUAGCUCAAACUCAAGCUCAAGCCACUACAGCUCCUAAUGAAGUGGCAGCAUUGAAGGCAAUAUUUGAUAAAUGGGGUAUCUCAGAACGAAGUCGAUGGAAUAAAAGUGGAGACCCAUGUAGUAAAGAAGUCACUGACGGCGAGGGUUUCUACACUCUCAUCAACUGUAAUUGUUCUUACAACAACGGCACUCUUUGCCACAUUGUCGAGAUGACGAUUUCCGAUCUGGAACUUGAUGGUGUGAUCCCAGAGGAACUAUGGAGUUUGAAAUUCCUCACCUCCCUGGAAGUGAAUAAAAACCGCUUGUCAGGUUCACUUUCUCCAUCCAUCGGCAAUCUAACUGCAUUAAAAUUCCUUGAUUUUCGCGAUACUAAAUUAUCUGGGCAGCUUCCAAAAGAGCUUGGGAUGCUUUCUGAAUUAGAAUACCUAAAUAUUAGAACAAACAACUUCUCUGGUCCUCUGCCACAUGAACUCGGUAAUUUGGCGAAAUUAAAGACAUUAUGUAUGGACAAUUCUGGAGUAAGUGGUGAGAUUCCGUCAAGUUUUGCUAAUCUAAAGAACCUAGAGUUACUGUGGGCUUUUGACAUUGAACUUACAGGAAGGAUCCCUGACUUCAUAGGAAACUGGUCAAAUAUGAAAGAAUUGAGGUUUCAAGGGAACUCUUUUGAAGGGCCAAUACCAUCAUCCUUUUCCAAGCUGACGAAUCUAACGGAUUUGAGAAUAAGCGAUUUAUCAAAUGGGAGCUCAUCGUUGUUGGCAUUUGUAAGGCAACAUUGUCCAAGUUGUAAUAUCAUAUUACUAAAGAAUAACAAAAUUUCUGAUUCAAUUCCAUCUCUCAUUAGUGACAACCAGAAAUUGAAACAUAUAGAUCUAAGUUUCAACAACAUAAGUGGACAGAUUCCUAUCUCGCUUUUCAGUUUGAGCUCGCUGGAGUAUCUGUUUCUUGGAAAUAAUCAGUUAAAUGGUACCCUCCCUGUAAAGAAAAGUCCAGAACUUCUCAAUAUAGAUGUAUCUUACAAUAAUCUAUCUGGCAACCUGCCUUCUUGGAUUCAACAACAAAAUUUACAACUUAACUUAGUGGCCAACAACUUCAACCUAGAAAGUUCUAACAGCAGUUUUCUCCAGCAUAGGCUGAACUGUCUCCAACGCAAUUUUCCUUGCAAUCGAGGUGUUGGAAUUUAUUCGAACUUUGCAAUUAAUUGUGCCGGUCCAACAAUUACAUCUCACGGUAUUGUGUAUGAGAGUGACAAUGAGCCUCUUGGUCCAGGUACAUACUAUUUGAUAGACACAAAUAGAUGGGGAGUUAGUAAUGUUGGAGACAACAAUGAUUUACAGUAUAAGAUUAAUUCUACUACUCAAGAGUCGAGCCUUUUCCGAAGUGCUCGAAUCUCUGCUUCAUCUUUAAGAUACUAUGGUUUAGGCCUUCGAAAUGGAAAGUACAUUGUGACUCUCCGGUUUGCAGAAUUAGCUGAUUUCACUACCGAAUGGGGGAGGCGUGUUUUCAAUAUAUAUCUUCAGGAAAAUCUUGUUGAAAAAGACUUUGACAUAACAAGGGUAGCAGGUGGAGUCCUUGAAAGAGCGGUUCAAAGAGAAUACACGGUUCAGGUAUCUAAAAACUACAUGGAAAUCCACUUCUUUUGGGCUGGGAAAGGGGGAGAUGGACCUUUAAUUUCUGCCAUCAGGGCUAUUGCAGAUUUUGAAGUAAGCCCUCCAAGUGGACCAAGUCAAACCACUGAGAAGAAUAGAACAGGCCUAAUUGUGGGGAUUGUUGCUGUUGUUGGGGUUGUAUUUUUGUUACUUGCAAUUUUCUUCGUUGUCCGAAGAAGAAAAAAGCCACAAAUUGUUGAUGAUGAGCUUCUCGGCGUGACUAUUAGACCAUAUACUUUUAGUUAUGUGGAACUAAAGACAGCUACAGAAGGCUUCAAUUUUGCAAAUAAGCUUGGAGAUGGAGGAUAUGGAUCAGUUUAUAAGGGAACACUCAGUGAUGGAAGAGUAAUUGCUGUGAAGCAAUUAUCUGUAGCAUCCCACCAAGGCAAAAGCCAGUUUGUUGCAGAAAUUGCUACUAUAUCUAUCGUGCAACAUCGUAACCUAGUAAAACUUCAUGGAUGUUGUUAUGAGAGAGCACAACGAAUUCUUGUUUAUGAAUAUAUGGAAAAAAACAGCCUUGAUAAAGCAUUAUUUGGUAUGCAAACAAAAUAUAUCAUUAUUUGUCAUGUCAAUAACAAUUUAAACUUUUGUUGCGAAGGAGGAAAAGGAAGUUUGGACCUUGAUUGGGCAACGCGUUAUGAUAUUUGUUUAGGAGUAGCAAGAGGUCUAGCUUAUCUUCACGAGGAAUCAAGGCUUCGAAUUAUACAUAGAGACGUGAAAGCCAGUAAUAUUCUGCUUGAUAGUAAUCUCAUACCUAAAAUAUCAGAUUUUGGUUUGGCCAAACUUUAUGAUGAUAAGAAGACUCACAUAAGCACUCGUGUUGCAGGGACAAUUGGAUAUCUUGCACCAGAGUAUGCCAUGCGUGGAUAUCUUACAGAGAAGACUGAUGUGUUUGCCUUUGGCGUUGUGAUUCUAGAGGUUGUUAGUGGGAGGCCAAACUCGGAUUCGAGCUUGGAAGAAGAGACGAUGUAUCUUCUGGAUUGGGUUUGGCACCUAUACGAGAACAACCGCCAACUCGAGCUAGUGGACUCAAAAUUGUCAGAAUUCAAUGAAGAAGAAGUAAAAAGCCUAAUAGGAGUAGCGCUUUUGUGUACUCAGACAUUGCCCUCGUCAAGGCCAUCAAUGUCCCGUGUGAUUGCUAUGCUUUGUGGAGAUAUGGAAGUAAUUACAGUCAAUUCUAAGCCUAGAUACUUGACUGAAUGGGCAUUUGAUGAUGUGACCACCUUUGAUAGUGGUGAUAUUAAUGAAGAAUGUGAAGAUACCAGCCAUUACAUCUCCUCAACAAGGUUAUGUACAAUGGAUAAAACUCCAAAAAUAAGUGCUAAUGAAGCCCCGUUCCCUUGAUUGGCUUUUACUUUAGAUUCCAGUUUUAUUUCAAGUUAGUUCAAUACAAUUAUUAUUCAUAAUGUUAAACUCUAGUAAAAAAACAUACGGAAUAGAUUUUGUACUACUACUUGUUCAAGAAGCACACGGCUGAAUCUUCACCAAGAAGUGGAAAUUGAUUUUGAAUUACUUCUUCUUGAACAAGCACAG